AUGGCAGAUAUGAUCGGACCAGACCAUACGCCAAAGCGUAGCUUUGGAGAAAAGGCACGACGUGCCUCUAACAACAACAGAGAUGGACUGGUCGGCACAUACGACUAUGCCUUUCUUUUCCGACCAAAUCUUCCAUUUAUGAAGAAGGAACGUAGAGCGGCUCCUUUCUUCGGUCUAAAUGACCGCAUGCCCGUCCUACUGGCCCUUCUACUUGGAUUUCAGCAUGCCCUCGCCAUGUUAGCAGGUGUCAUUACACCUCCCAUCAUCCUCGCCAAUGCCGCCAACUUGAGUUCAGACCAACAGCGCUACCUCGUCUCGACUUCGCUCGUAGUAUGCGGUAUCUUGUCCUCUAUUCAAAUCACGCGAUUUCACAUCUGGAAGACUCCGUACUAUAUCGGUACCGGCCUGAUCUCCGUGGUUGGCACUUCUUUUGCUACUAUUCCGGUGGCGACUGGGGCGCUGAGCCAAAUGUAUGCAACUGGCUUCUGUCCAACUGCUGCUGAUGGCACAAAACUUCCUUGCCCAGACGGCUACGGUGCUAUUCUGGGUACAUGUGCUGUAUGUGCCUUGCUCGAAAUUGGCAUGUCCUUCACUAGUCCGCGUAUCCUGAAGAAGAUCUUCCCUCCCCUAGUCACUGGACCAACGGUUUUGCUCAUCGGUGUCAACCUUGUAACUACUGGAUUCCAAAACUGGGCUGGUGGUUCUGGAGACUGUCAGUCUCGUCCCGAAUCUGGUCUCUUUCGUCUCUGCCCCAACAUCAACGCACCCCAUGCUCUUCCUUGGGGUAGCGCAGAGUUCAUCGGUCUCGGUUUCAGCGUCUUCAUCACAAUCAUCAUCUGUGAGCGCUUCGGCGCUCCAAUCAUGAAGUCCACUGCUGUCGUCAUUGGUCUCUUAGUCGGAUGCAUCAUCGCCGGCGCCACAGGCUACUUUGACAAAUCCACCAUUGACGCUGCACCGGCAGCAUCCUUCAUCUGGGUCAACACAUUCAAGCUCACUGUCUACGGGCCCAUUGUCCUACCCCUCCUAGCCGUCUACAUGGUCUGCGCCAUGGAAGCCAUCGGCGACAUCACCGCUACAUGCGAUGUCUCGCGUCUCGAAGUCGACGGCGAAAUGUUCGAUUCCCGCAUCCAAGGCGGUGUCCUCGCAGACGGUCUCAACGGCAUGAUUGCUGCCCUCUGCACAAUCACGCCCAUGUCGACUUUCGCACAGAACAACGGCGUCAUUGCCCUCACGCGGUGUGCGAAUCGUAAAGCAGGUUAUGCAUGCUGUUUCUGGUUGAUUAUCAUGGGUAUCUUUGCCAAGUUCGCUGCUGCUCUUGUGGCUAUUCCUUCUGCGGUGCUAGGCGGUAUGACGACUUUCCUCUUCAGCGCUGUUACUGUCAGUGGUAUCCGUAUUAUCAGCACUAUGCCAUUUACCCGAAGGAACCGCUUUAUCCUCACCGCUGGCUUUACGCUUGGGUUCGGCGCUACUAUGGUUCCUGACUGGUUCGCUCACGUCUUCACUUACGAUGGGCCCAACGCGGCGCUCCUGGGAUUCUACAACGCCAUCGUUCUUAUCAUGGAAACUGGAUUCGCGGUUGUCGCUUUCGUCAACAUUGUGCUGAAUCUUGUUCUGCCCGAGGAGAUUGAGGAUGAGGAGACGCCCGAGUUGACGGCGAAUGAGGUUGAUGAGCCAAAGGAUAGGGAGGAGUGGGCGAGGAUUAGGAAGGUGGCUGAGGAUGUGGAGGGGAGGGCUAGUUCGGAGAUUACGCCUGGUAAAGCUGCGUAGGGGGAGUUUUCCUUUAAUGUCUUUUCGUUUCGUUUGAAAAGCGGUUGUUCUUCGUAGCGUAUAUUCUCGAACCACGAUUCGUAUUUAUCAUUGGGCGGUUUUGAGUGAGAUACCCUCACUGGAUAGAUAGAUAGUCUUUUACCUAUCUCCUUCCCAAAUACAUGACUUGUUAAUCACCCU